CACAGGAAGGUAUAAUCAUGCAGUACUAGUAUCGGUCUUCAUUGGAUUAAGUACUAGUAUUAAAGUUUAAGUAUAUUUACAACAAAACGAUGUACUCGAAACUCAUAAUUGUCUUAGCGACAUUAUGUCUCGCAAACGCUUCAGUGGUCAUCAACGUAUUCGAUGAUGAUCCCGAUAUUGGAUUGAAGAGUCCAGAUAAGGAUUGCAACCCCACCGCCUGUGACCAGCUCUGCCGUAGACUCAAGUUCCCUGGUGGUGUUUGUGUCAACGGCCGCUGCAAAUGCGACAACUUCCGCAGUGAAAAUGAGGCCGUGUCAGAAAUUUCGCCUUCUGACUUUGAAGCAUUAUCUUCACUCGGAGAUGAUUUGGAGAAUGGGUUCGCGGCAAACCACUGCAGCAGUUCCGCCGCCUGUGACCGGCUCUGCCGUAGCCUCAAGUUGCCUGGUGGGGCUUGUGUCUAUGGCCGCUGUAAAUGUAACACUGACCCUAUCUCUGAAGAUGCAGUUUUAGAAUUGUCGCCGUCUGACUUAGAAGGUUUCUCUGCAAUCGAAGACGAGCCCCUAUCUGAGGAUGAAGAAGCUGAGAGAAGCAGUUGUAGCCUUUCUGCCUGCGAGCAAUACUGCCACAGACUCAAGCUGCCCGGUGGUACCUGUGUGAACGGACGCUGCAAGUGCGACAAGUUCCUUAGAGAGCAAGUUGAAUUAGAGAAUGAGUAUUCGGCAAACGACUGCAACCCCACCGCCUGUGACCAGCUCUGCCGUAGACUCAAGUUCCCUGGUGGUGCUUGUGAUAACGGUCGCUGCAAAUGUGACAAUUUCCGUAGCUCUGAAGAUGCAGUUUUAGAAUUAUCGCCGUCUGACUUAGAAGCAUUCUCUUCAAUCGAAGAUGAGCCCCUAUCUGAGGCUGAAGAAGCUGAGAGAAGCAGUUGUAGCCUUUCUGCCUGCGAACAAUACUGCCACAGACUAAAACUGCCCGGUGGUACCUGUGUGAACGGACGCUGCAAGUGCGACAAGUUCCUUAGAGAGCAAGUUGAAUUAGAGAAUGAGUAUUCGGCAAACGACUGCAACCCCACCGCCUGUGACCAGCUCAGCCGUAGACUCAAGUUCCCCGGUGGUGCUUGUGUUAACGGCCGCUGCAAAUGUGACAAUUUCCGUAGCUCUGAAGAUGCAGUUUUAGAAUUAUCGCCGUCUGACUUAGAAGCAUUCUCUUCAAUCGAAGAUGAGCCCCUAUCUGAGGCUGAAGAAGUUGAGAGAAGCAGUUGUAGCCUUUCUGCCUGCGAGCAAUACUGCCACAGACUCAAGCUGCCCGGUGGUACCUGUGUGAAUGGACGCUGCAAGUGCGACAAGUUCCUUAGAGAGCAAGAUGAAUUAGAGAAUGAGUAUUCGGCAAACGACUGCAACCCCACCGCCUGUGAUCAGCUCUGCCGUAGACUCAAGUUCCCCGGUGGUGCUUGUGUUAACGGUCGCUGCAAAUGUGACAAUUUCCGUAGUUCUGAAGAUGCAGUUUUAGAAUUAUCGCCGUCUGACUUAGAAGCAUUCUCUUCAAUCGAAGAUGAGCCCCUAUCUGAGGCUGAAGAAGUUGAGAGAAGCAGUUGUAGCCUUUCUGCCUGCGAGCAAUACUGCCACAGACUAAAACUGCCCGGUGGUACCUGUGUGAACGGUCGUUGCAAAUGUGAUAAGUUCCUUAAUGAACAAGAUGGCAUUAACGUCUCAGCUGAGUCACCAAAAGAUUUAAUUUGCGUCCGUCAUGAAUGUGAAAAACAAUGUCGCAAAAUUGGCUUUCCGGGUGGUGCUUGUUUUGUCACGGACAUAAGCACUUCUGUCUGUCGAUGCAACGACGCCUCUUUUGAAACAAGAGUUGAGAUAUUUACACCUGACGUACCUGAAGUGACACCAGCAAAGCUUACUGCUGACAGUUGUGACCUCAGGUCUUGUUCGUUCAUUUGUCGAACAAUGAAAUUGGCCCGUGGAGCUUGCAUCGCCGGCCGCUGUCAAUGCUUUUUACCAGCAGGUUUGGUUGACGCAAACUCCGCUCCCGUUCUGGAACCAGAAAAGAAUCAAAGUCACGGUAAAUGCAGACAAGGAUUGUGUAACCUGAUCUGUCACAAACUCAAGUACGAUAGUGGUGAAUGUGUCGAGAACAAAUGCAAAUGUUCCAAAAAUGGAGGUCAUGUCUUUGUAACAGGUUCAGAGAAAGUAAACACUACAUUAUUUCUGGAACCAGCAAAGAAUCAAACUCACAAAUGCAGACAAGGAUUAUGCGACUUGGUAUGCCGCAAACUGAAGUUCAAGCGAGGCGAAUGUGUCGAUAACAAAUGCAAAUGCUACAGAGAUGGAGCCAAGACUGACAACGAUAUGCCUGUAUCGAAAUUCUCAGAGGACCUUACCAAGGUCAAGUGUACCAAACGCGUAUGCGACCGCAUGUGUCGCUCACUAGAUUACAAAGGUGGUAACUGCAAAAAUGGUAAAUGCUGGUGCUAUGGUCGACCCAAAAAGCCAGCUCGAUUGAUGCUAGAAGACACCGAAAAUGAAGAACAGGAACGAAUUAACCAGGACGUCAGCUUAGAAGAAGAUGAAAACGAUCUCCUCAUGGCUGAACGCGCAAAAGUCAAAUGUACCAAAGGCGUAUGCAACCGCAUGUGUCGUUCACUAGAUUACAAAGGGGGUAACUGUAAAGGUGGGAAAUGCUGGUGCUAUGGUCCACCUAAAAAGCCAGCUCGAUCCAUCGUAGAGGAUGCCGAUGGAGAAGAAGAAAAAGAAAUAAGCCUGGACGAUGCUACAGAAAAAGCUCCUCCAAUGUCCAAUGUCCUCACCGAAGAAGAAAAAGAAGUCAGCCAAGACGAAACCACUGAAAAAGCUCCUCCAAUGUCCAAUGUCCUCAACGAAGAAGAAAAAGAAGUCAGCCAAGACGAAACCACUGAAAAAGAUGCAAGUUCAUCUCAAGCUAGAGUAGCUGAUCGAAACAAUUGUAACCUUUCUGCCUGCGAGCAACUCUGCCGCAGACUCAACCUGUCCGGUGGUACCUGCGUGAACAGACGCUGCGCAUGCAUUAUUUAACAAAGGACGGACAUG